AUGCCACUGAAACAUAAAACCCAAGCUUCCUCAUUGCUAGGGUUUUUCAAAUUUCAUGAACAAUAAUGAUAUCACAAAUGACUCUCUCUGUCUCUACUCCUUCUCUCUUAUCUUCCUCCAGACUCAAUCCUCUCAUCUUCUCUAGACGACGCCGUUCCAUUUGGCUCUCCCAGUGGCAUUUCAAUGUUAUCAAACCAAGAUUCUUUGCAGUUGCUGCAGCGGAGAAUGGUGGGCUGCCAAAGUCAUUUGAUUUUACUUCAGAGGAAAGAAUAUACAAUUGGUGGGAGUCUCAAGGCUAUUUUAAGCCAAACUGUGAACGGGAAGGUGAUCCUUUUGUGAUAUCAAUGCCACCUCCUAAUGUCACUGGUUCGCUGCACAUGGGCCAUGCAAUGUUUGUGACUCUUGAGGAUAUAAUGAUUAGAUAUCAUCGAAUGAAAGGAAGACCAACACUUUGGCUUCCGGGGACUGAUCAUGCUGGAAUUGCAACUCAGUUGGUUGUUGAAAGAAUGUUGGCGUCUGAAGGACUAAAAAGAGUUGAAUUGAGUAGAGAUGAGUUCACCAAACGAGUUUGGGAGUGGAAAGAGAAGUAUGGUGGAACCAUUACUAAUCAGAUUAAGAGACUUGGUGCUUCUUGUGAUUGGACUAGAGAAAGGUUCACCCUUGAUGACCAGCUAAGUCGAGCUGUUAUUGAGGCGUUUAUUAGGCUUCAUGAGAAAGGAUUAAUCUAUCAAGGGUCUUACAUGGUUAACUGGUCUCCUAGUCUACAAACUGCAGUUUCAGACUUGGAAGUAGAAUAUUCUGAAGAGCCUGGAACCCUAUAUCAUAUUAAGUACCGUGUUGCUGGAAGUAAUGACUUCUUGACUGUAGCAACGACACGCCCAGAGACUUUGUUUGGGGAUGUAGCUAUUGCAGUAAACCCUAAGGACGAUCGUUAUGCCAAGUAUAUAGGUAUGAUGGCGAUUGUACCUAUGACAUAUGGUCGUCAUGUCCCUAUUCUAAGUGACAAGCAUGUUGAUAAAGAAUUUGGGACUGGUGUAUUGAAGAUAAGCCCUGGCCAUGAUCAUAGUGACUACCUCCUUGCAAGAAAACUUGGUCUCCCAAUCCUUAAUGUGAUGAACAAGGAUGGGACACUUAAUGAUGUUGCUGGACUGUACUGUGGUCUUGAUCGGUUUGAGGCACGGAAGAAAUUGUGGUCAGAACUUGAGGAGACAGGCCUAGCUGUAAAGAAGGUGCCUCAUACUUUACGAGUUCCUAGAUCCCAGCGUGGUGGAGAAGUAAUAGAACCACUAGUAAGUAAGCAGUGGUUUGUAACCAUGGAGCCUUUAGCUGAAAAAGCCCUUCGUGCAGUUGAAAAAGGAGAACUAACCAUUAUGCCUGAAAGAUUUGAGAAGAUUUACAAUCACUGGCUAUCAAAUAUUAAGGAUUGGUGUAUAAGCAGGCAACUGUGGUGGGGGCACCGUAUACCAGUUUGGUAUAUUGUUGGAAAAGACUGUGAAGAGGAAUAUAUAGUUGCUAGGGAUGCUGAUGAAGCUCUUGAGAAAGCUCGUGAAAAAUAUGGUAAAAAUGUGGAGGUAUAUCAGGAUCCAGAUGUUCUUGACACCUGGUUUUCAAGUGCGCUAUGGCCUUUCAGUACUCUUGGGUGGCCAGAUGUGUCCACGGAAGACUUUAAGAAGUUUUAUCCGACAACAAUGCUUGAAACUGGGCAUGACAUAUUGUUCUUUUGGGUGGCAAGAAUGGUCAUGAUGGGAAUUGAGUUCACGGGGACUGUUCCAUUUUCAUAUGUUUAUCUUCACGGGCUGAUCCGAGACUCCCAAGGGAGAAAAAUGUCAAAAACAUUGGGGAAUGUGAUAGAUCCACUUGAUACAAUCAAGGAGUUUGGCACAGAUGCCUUACGGUUCACUCUUGCUUUAGGAACUGCUGGUCAGGACCUCAAUUUGUCUACAGAGAGAUUGACCUCAAACAAGGCCUUUACCAACAAAUUAUGGAAUGCUGGCAAGUUUGUUUUGCAGAAUUUGCCAAGUCAGAGUGAUACAUCUGCUUGGGAAACUAUUCUAGCUUAUAAGUUUGACAAAGAAGAGUCCCUGCAUGGUGCACCAUUACCAGAAUCUUGGCUGGUCUCAAAACUCCAUAUGCUUAUUGAUACAGUCACUGCAAGCUAUGAAAAAUUUUUCUUUGGAGAGGUUGGAAGAGAAACAUAUGAUUUCUUUUGGAGCGAUUAUGCCGAUUGGUACAUUGAAGCCAGUAAAGCUCGCCUGUACCACUCGGGACGUGAUUCAGAGGCUUUACUAGCACAGGCAGUUCUAUUGUAUGUUUUUGAAAACAUACUAAAAUUGCUACAUCCAUUCAUGCCAUUUGUGACUGAGGAACUGUGGCAGGCACUUCCAAGACAGAAAGAAGCCCUUAUAGUAUCGUCUUGGCCCCAAACUUCACUUCCAAGGAAUCUGAACUCAAUAAAAAGAUUUGAAAAUCUACAAGCAUUGACUAGGGCAAUUCGGAAUGCUAGAGCUGAAUAUUCUGUUGAGCCAGCUAGGCGUAUAUCUGCAUCAAUAGUUGCAAAUGAAGAUGUCAUCCAGUAUAUAUCUAAAGAAAAGGAGGUUUUAGCUCUCCUAUCAAGACUGGAUUUACAACAUAUACAUUUUACUGAAUCUCCUCCUGGGGAUGCAAAUCAAUCAGUUCACCUUGUUGCCAGUGAAGGACUAGAGGCGUAUCUCCCGCUUGCUGAUAUGGUGGAUAUUUCUGCUGAAGUCCAGCGCCUUUCCAAACGCCUUUCAAAGAUGCGAUCGGAGUAUGAAGGACUUGUAGCUCGCCUCAGUUCCCCAAAAUUCAUAGAAAAAGCUCCUGAGGAUGUUGUUCGAGGGGUUCAAGAAAAAGCAGCAGAAGCAGAAGAGAAAAUAAAUCUGACAAAGAACCGUUUGGCUUUUCUUCAGUCAACUGUUUUGGUAACAAAAUAGUCUCAUCAUUGGCUUUGGUUACAUUUUCCCUCCAAAACCAAGGCUGAUAAAUGAAUGGUUUAUCGUUGUUUUAGACAACCACUGAUAACCCAUUCAAAGAACAAGCAGCACCGUGAUUGACUGCGGCUCAACGAGGAACUUUGCAUGAACCGUGGCUGUUUGCGUGGAAG